AUAUUCCAUCAAGAUAAUGCGCCAUCGCAUAGGUCGCAAAUGGUGCAGGAUACUAUCCAGAAAACGCUGGAGAUGGAGGUUCAAGGCCAGUCAGCGUAUUCUCCUGACAAGGCAACGUGCGAUUUUGGGGUAUUUUCAUGUUUGAAAAAUGAUCUGCGUGGUAAGAUCCACGCACAUAUCCAUGAGCUUCAGAAUGCCGUUCAACGUUCGCUGACAAAGAACUUUCCAGAUGGCUUCCACAGGAUAUAUCAGAAGUGGAUAGAACGACAUCAGCUGUGUGUGAAAGCUAAGGGGAACUAAGAAAUUCUCCAUCUAAAAUGUCACUCGACUUUUUUGUGAUUAUGAGUCAAAGAAAGCAUUCUUGAGUUUCAAAUUGACUUCUGUGGUAACUUGAAACCAUCUUCUAAUUUAUUCCACUUACCUUUUAUUGUUUCUCCAAAUAUAUUCUUUUAAAAUCGGAUUUUAAGGGUGUUAAUCAGGGUAAUUCUGUGCCAUUUUAUCAAAAAUCGUGUUGCUAUCUAGAAAUGAGCAAUUGUGAUCUUGUUGUUACCUAGGAACGAGCAACUGUGAUGUCACGUCACACUCAUGUUAAUUCUGGAAUCACAUGGCAGCCAUUUUGGAAAUUUCAAAAAAGUUCCCAAUUAAAAAGGCUAAAUGCUGUUUACAAAUUGGAAACUAUGGCAGAAUCAACAAAGGGUUUGUGAAAUAAUUAGGAUAUGGUUUCAAAAUUAUGCACAUGACAAUAUAU